AUGGUAGAGCCUAGACCACUGUACAGACCUGCGUUUGUUCGUUCCGAAAUUCAGUCAACGUCGACCUUACAAGAUCCAUGGAACGCCCAGGCUCAAUCCCUGGUAGCACCAACACCGACGGCUUCCUGUUAUAGCCGAAAAGCCUUACUGCAUCAGCGGCAGCAAUCCGACUCACCUCCUACAUGCGGGUAUAUCAGAGGAGAUCCUGCCUCUGCCGUCACGUGUCCUAUCUCCUGGUACUGCGCAACCUCUCAGACGUACGUUGGAUGCUGCGAGGCGUCCCCUGCGACAUGUGUGGCCUUCUACACUACUUGCUAUGAUUUUCUCGGGAGCAAUUGCGACAAUGCCUGCCUCAAUAAUCCUCAAAAUUUGGUGUGUGACACCAAUCUUCCCUAUUGUGCUGAGUACCUGUACGAGGGUGCAUCGACUGGAUACGGAUGUGCUUCUUUCCGUGGCUAUACCGUGGACGUGUUGUUGACAUCAAAGACUAAUCUGGGCGUCUUGACAACAUCCACCCCACAAACACCAACAUCAGUCAACAAUAGCUCUGUGUCGACGACCAAGUCGUCCGCGGAGGCCGGUUCGGGUUCCCAGUCAGGCUUUGGAACUGGUGCCAUUGUCGGCGUUUCUGUUGGCGGUGUUGCCAUCAUUGCCCUCCUUGCCUUGUUGAUACUCUGCGUGCGAAGAAGACGUAACCGGGAUAAAACUACAAAGAACGUGGCCUACAGUAACAUUCCCAACUUAUCCGAGAACCCGACACUAGAGGCCAUGUCAUAUCAAGGUUAUAAGAAAGAGUCUCCAUCAACUCUCAAUACAUUUCCCAGCCCAAGAUCCGACGCAAGGGGAUACUCUUGGCAAGGUUCAACCACACAGAAUGGGUCUCAUUUCGGCUACCAUGACCUGUCAUCUAGCUUUCCAAUGGGACAACUUCAUCCCGUCGAAAUGCCCAGCCAACAUGUGAAUGUUUUCCCGAGCGAACUGGAGUCAGACACACGCCAGAUACCAAGGACGAGUUAGAACUAUGAUUCAACCACCAACCUAGCCAGCCUUCGCAAAGGCAGAUCAACGAUACAAUGACACGGAGACACAUCAACAAAGUAUCUCGGAAAUCCCAUCUCAAGAUCUUCUGCGCCAACCUAACUUGGGAGUUCCACCGGGCUAAUAUCUGCU